AUGUCUUUACGAUCCAUUGUCGAUUUGCUGCUCCCCCUAGGCCUCUUCGCCGGCCAGGCCUACGCGGCGCAAGAGCCCUUGACGGGCGAAGAUCGUGUAGCAUGCCCAAACUACGCGCAAUACUCUACCUUUCCCCAUAAACCGCUAAGCGAAGGGCCCCUCGCCCUGCCAUACCAACGACCCGACCCCCGAUGCCGUACCUUCAAUUCCAAUGCCAUUGAGAAAGUCAUCACGGAUGUCACGUCUCGAAUGAAGGAUCCCGACCUGGCACGGCUCUUCGAAAACGCAUUCCCCUCUACGACCGAUACCACCGUCAAGUUUCAUACCGAUGGAACCGACACGCGCUUUGUUGACGUGAACGGCCGCAGCUUGCGCGACGAGGGCAAAUGGGAGGGACCACAGUCUUUCAUCAUCACAGGCGACAUCAUUGCCGAAUGGCUGCGUGACAGCACGAACCAGCUCUCCCCCUACCAAUCAUUGGCCAAGAAGGACCCAGCCAUCUUCAAAUUGAUCCUUGGGGCCAUCAACACCCAGGCUGAGUACGUUAUCGAGUCGCCGUACUGCAACGCGUUCCAACCGCCACCAAUAGCGAACCUUCAGCCGAGCCAUAAUGGACAGGACGAUAUCGUACACCCCAUAUACGAGCCCUCGUUCGUUUUCGAGUGCAAAUACGAGCUGGAUUCGUUGGCACAUUUCCUGGCGUUGGGCAAUGACUUUUACGAGCACACAGAGUCGAAGGACUUCUUGACGGGGAGAUGGUUUUUGGCUCUGGAAACUUUGCUCAAUGUUUUGGAGGAACAGUCCCGCUCGACAUUUGAUCCGGAAACGCGGCGAUUCCUGAAGAACGAAUACACUUUCCAGCGCAAGACGGAUGCAGGUACCGAGACGCUGAACCUAAAGGGUGUCGGCAACCCCCUAAACAACGGCACUGGUCUCGUCAGAUCAGCCUUUCGACCCAGUGACGAUGCUACCAUUCUUGGUUUCUUCAUCCCGGCGAACGCCAUGAUGGCCGUGGAACUGAAGCGUACGGCGGCGAUUCUAAAGGACGCCGGCAAAAACGUCCUCGCGCAGACAGUGGAGAAGUGGAGCCAGACCAUCACGGAUGGCGUUUGGAACAAUGGUGUCGUCAAGCAUGCCAAAUAUGGAAAUGUUUUUGCAUAUGAGGUUGACGGCUACGGCUCCUCUAUCCUCAUGGAUGAUGCAAACUACCCUUCACUGCUUGCUCUUCCCUUGAUGGGAUUCUUGCCGCCGGCCGAUGAAACAUACCGAAACACAAGGAAGAUGCUUUUGGAGAAGACUGGUAAUCCGUACUAUCUUGAAGGCGCAGCUUUCCACGGAAUUGGAGGCCCCCACAUUGGCUUGUCCAAUGCCUGGCCGAUGAGUCUUUUGAUUCAGGCACAGACGAGUGAGGACGAUGAGGAGAUCACAGAAUGUCUUGACUUGGUUCUCCGCUCCGCUCGACUGGGCUUGGUCCACGAGAGUGUUGAUGUCAAUCGCAUUUCCUCAUAUACCAGGGCCAAUGGUGUCUUCGCCGAAACGAUCCUAGACCUCGCCAAACGGAAGCCUCACCUUAUCUUUACGGAUAAAAAGCCUUACAACAUUUAG